UUUGAUUUACAGUUAGUGCGUAGUAUCUCGAGUUAACUCAACAGAUAGUCAGGUUUUAACAGAAGCUUUGGGAAUUUACCAACCCUAACCGAAAGUGAUGUAAACAAGACUGGAUGUAAACAAAACACAACAGUAUACAGAAGAAACGGAAAAGGAAAGAGCGUGCGAGAGCAAAUGUAAAGAGAGCAGGCAAAAUAGAGGCAAAAAACAAAAUGCGGUACAAGGAUAAUGAUGACGAUGUGCCAGGCUGUCAAAUCAAAUAAGCAUUUCUACUCAUAAACGGCUGUUGGACAUACGAGCGUGCGGAACGUAUUUUAACGCAAAGCAAUUUCAAAGUGACGGUGUGGCAGACAACAAAAAAUAGGCAAAAUUAGUGAAAUAUCUAUGUGUGUGCGCACAGGCAAAAAUAUACCGUGAAAAUAUGUAUCACUUGAGGCGAAUCAAAUGGAUGUUAUGCUAAAAUUAGCAACAAAUUUCACUAAAGUAACGGAUAAGCAAAAUGCAAAUUAUAUAAACACACUUCAGUCGAAUUUUUAGCUAGAUAUACACAUUAAAAAAUUUAAUAAAAAAUUGGAAUACAUAUGUAUAAGGAAAUGUAUACGUGAUUAUAGUGCAAGCAGUUCACAUUUAAGUAUAAUUUAUGCGCAUGUAUCUCUGCUGUGUGCGAUAUGCAUAAAUCUGUGUAUACUGUACAUGUACGAGUAUAAUGAGACACGCUAGGCGUAUGAGUAACCUAAAAUUCCAACUGAAUCACGCGACGAAGUAAUACCACACACUUAAAAAAAGUGAGAUUUUAAUGAAGCAGUGGAAAAUUUAAACAACAAAGUGAAUUGCAGUGCGUUUUGACAUACUCACACACAUUUUGCAACAACACACAAAGCAAACAAAGUACUUAAAGUAUUUGAAAAAAUAAGCUCACGCAAAUACAAUUCAUUUUGACAUACAACACACGCACAAACACAUAUAUAUACUGUAGUGAAAAGUUCAAAUUGCUUAAAUUGGUGAAUAAUAAAGUUAUAUGCCCAUUGAGUGCCUUAUAUCAUUUGAUAAUAAUCCUCAAGGUGUUUACUAUGCUGGGCAGGAGCUUUCCGGCAUUGUUGACCUCAGCGUCGACGCAACAAAGCGCAUUAAAGCAAUACACAUCACAGUUAGCGGCUAUGCGAAGAUACGCUGGAUAAAGAAGGGUUAUCCGCGCGAUAGCGAGCGCGCUAUGUGUCGCGCUUACCGCUCAUAUCUAUCGUCGCGUUCGUAUGUGCUCGGAUCGUGUGCGAGCAGUUCGUGUAUGGACUGGUCGGCCGGCGAUUAUUCGUAUACGUUUCACGUAAUACUGCCAGAUAAUCUGCCCACUUCAUUCGACGGCAAAUAUGGGCAGAUACAUUAUGAGAUUAUCACCACAAUCGAUCGGCCAGCCCGAUAUCCUAAAGUCUUCAAGUUGCCAUUUACGGUAAUACAGCCGUUAGAUUUGAAUUUGGACACGAUUUACAGGGUCCCCCUCGAAAUCCUCGAUCGCAAACGAUUCUGGAGCUUUUGCUGUCCCACAGGACCGUUGACUGUGAAAUUCUCCACGCCCUAUUGCGGCUACGCACCCGGCCAAAAAAUUCAUUUCGUCCUUUACAUUAACAACGAAUCGUCCAUUGAUAUCACGGACUGUGAGGUCAAACUGAAGCAAGUAGUCAGCUACGAAUCGCAUGAUCCACAGCAUGAAUACCGUUAUGAUAAACAUCUCAUCGCACGCAAACAAUUCGGUAAUGUUUUGCGUUGGAGUCGUAAAGUUUAUCGUGGAUAUCUCAGUUUACCCUCCAUACCGCCGUCGUCGUUGAAAGUUGUAUGUCCCAUUAAUAUCACCUAUUUAAUCAAGAUUAUAAUUAAGCCAACGGAUUUCCAUUGGAAGAUGAAACUAAAAAUACCGUUAACCAUUGGUAGCAUACCGAUUAUAGAUAGCAUGGCAGCAGCGGCUGGCUUGCCAAGUUUACUAGAAACCCAGUAUGCCGUUAGACGUGGCUAUUACAGCGAACGUAGACUGUUUGGGCCAAGUGCAAACGAGGGCGCGGUGCAGUCAGCAGUUGUGAGUGGUGAAGAGGCUGCUGGUGAAGCACCGCAGGAGAGUACCGAUACUGAAGCUGCCUCGAGUGUUGGCCGAAGCGAUAUACCCACACUGGUUAUAACCGAUGGUGACAAUCCGCCCGAUUACAAACUCAUGAUGCCGCCUUCGUAUGAAGAUGCCAUGGCGUUAAGUGAUAAAUUCUGUGAUGACAGCGAAUAUUUGCAAAAUGUCAGCUUAAGUAGUAUUGUUUCCAAUGAAACGACCGAGUCGUUCAAGCCACGCUAUCCCGUCUACUAUGAGUACGAGACGCCAAUCAUACCGCCCGAAACACUUUACGAUGAGUCGCCCUCGCAACUGCGUAUCGAGUUACAGUCUUCGGAUUCGACCGACUCACCACAUCAACCGCUUAGUGCCGCCAGUUUCAAUGUAUUUCGUAAGGAGAAGAAAUAAUGUAAAUACUUAUUAAAUAUAUAUAAGAUAAUAAUAAACUUUAUAAGCUUAACUAAAGCAGUUAAAAUCGUGUAACAUGCCUGCAGUGAAAUUAAUUAUAGAUAACUUAAAAUCUGAUAAAUAGUACGAGCCGAAACUGCACCAGUCAGCGGAUAAUUUUUUGUCAACAGUGUUUAUUACACCAGGUGGUCUUGAAAUACUUUUUUUUCUUUUUCGGUCAGUUGUACCUAUACCAGCUGGAAAUACUUAGAUAAAACAAGUUCUCGAUUGUGGACGCGAACUUCUAAAACCGAUGUGAAGAUUUGGUCAUUAAAAGAAAUUGGAAAACAAUAUAAUUUGUUGGAGUAGUUGAUUUUCAGUCCAAAAAAUAUUUUUAGCCCUUUUUCCUUUGAUAUUUAUGACAAGUAUGGUUAUAUUCAGCCGUUUUCUGACUGGUUCAUGUUCGGUCUGAAAUUUUGGUAGCAAAGUAGUACAUUAUUUACUAGUUCCCUUUAAAAUUUGGUGGUUUGCUGACUAGUCAUUUUUCAACCAAGACUAGCUCAUGAUAAACUAGUAUUUUGAUGACCCCAUGGACUUGUACGAAUAGUUCGAUACUUCACUGCAGGGAACUUACAAUUUUAUCACAAUUUUAUUUGUAUAUUUGUAUUUAUACAUAUGAAAAUCGAUCUUGUUUCAUUAUGCUCCUUUUCAAUACCAAAUUUUGUCUCUUAAAGUGGCAAAGUGGAAUUUGACAAAUUUUAUUCGUAAAUGCAUAUUUUGUACUAACUGUAAUAAGAUAAUUUCUUAUAUAUACAUAUGUAUAUGUUUUAAUAGUAAUAAUGCUUACACACUUCACUUGUACUUAAACAAUUAAGAUAUAAUAUCAACUCUGUGCCAGCAGAAACAUGUAAUCGUACUAACACGCACACACUCACACUGUAAAAGCUUUAGUACUCAUAAAAUAGUUUAAUAUAGUUAAAUAAAUAGCUAUUUAGAUAACUGAAAAAUAUUAAAACAAAUAACGAUUAACAAAUAUACAAAUACUUUCUAAGCAGCGAUACUAGUUUGAGGGCACUUUAACUCCUUAAGUAGCAGACUUUUAGCCGUCUACCAACACAACAAGUCGUUGGCUAUAGAUAUGAAUAUGACUAUCGAGCGAAUAAAUCAUUUUUUGCGAACUCUUGAAUUUAUCUUAAUGCGAAUAAAUGGUUAUAACUGUUUUUAGUUUCGAAACAGCGAAGCAGUUGAAAUUAAACUUUGAAGAAACUUAGGGCAAAACUGAAACAUGUUUACAUUCCAGAACUGGUCCGUGUGUAGAAAAUCUUCUCUUUGUGAAGAAUCUUCCAACUAAUGGCCCAAAUCAUUGAAAUUUUUACAAUACAACUUCAACUCAUAACAGUUAUAAUUUUUUUUUAAGUUUAGUUGUUUUCAGUUCAAUUCAAGUGUGUCUGUAGGGACGAAUUUCUAUCACAACUGUGAGGUGAUACUUGUUUGGAUUAAGUUUUUGAUCUUGCUCUUAAACGAUUUAGUUACGUUUUUUACUUUUUUCGCCUCCAAAUUCAGCGUACUUUGUGCGACACUCACACAUCUUUAUACCUGUUAAGGCAAAAGUAGCUCUACCUUGUAUGAAAGGCGCUUAGUUAUUCACAAAUAAACAGAAAAUGUUUGUGUUCCAUUCCUCUAUAAUUUCGAUCAAUCGUGAACAUAACUCGAUUCCAGGACUUUGCAUUGAGUCACUGAAAUAUAACUGUGUAACGUUUAAAAUCAAAAUAUGCAUUAGAAAAAUAAAUUAUUCAUAAAAUAUUGUGUAAGCACAUAUAAGUAUGUAUUUUGUAUGAAAAACGUGAAACUUGAAAUCAAUUACGUGAAUUAAUUAACAGCAGAACUAAUAGCGCACAGUAAACCUUAUAAACCACAUAAGCGUCUUCGAUGUGUAGCCCAUAAAUACUCGAUGUGAAUAUGAUUAAAUUUUUAUUAGCAACGUUCUAGGCGGAUUCCUCGUUAUCCGAGCAAAUAGAUAUAUUGCGGUUUAGAUAGCGUAAGGCAUAAUUAAUUAUUUAAAAGUAAACUCAUCUCAGCACUGCUAUCAUUUUAUCAAUACAUAUAUAUAAAUGUUUCACCCAUUAUCGGCCAACAUAAAAGCAACUGGCUGCAGUAAAAUUGGUUGAUAAAAACUCAAAAUAAUUUUCUAUAAAAAGUUAACAAAUUCUUACAAUUGUAAAUGAUUUUUAUUUUGUGAAAAUAAAAUUUACAUUCAAUUAUCAUUAAGUAAAUAUUU